GCAUUCUGAUUCUUCAAGCAUUCUUCACUUUCUUAUAUACUUCCUGAUUUUUUGCCAGGUCGUCCUGGGCUUCUCAAAUAACAUAUUAUCUAUUUCAUUUGCUUCCGUCCAGAUUUUACAUUCGUUCAAUUCACUCUUUUCACAUUCGAGGAUUUUGCAUUCCCUCUAGACAAUCAUUCUUUGCACAUUUCAAGAAAACUACAAAAAUCAUCAUAUAUUUCAAUCGGCAACAUGCGCACUAACGCAGUCAACGCGUUAACCUUGCUUUUAUCUACUUCCGGACUUGUGUCGGCUCAGUAUAUAGCACCUACCCCUACUACCUCGGGAUAUAGCCCUGCGACUGUAUCAGGACGACCAACUGCGAAUGACAUGAGUGCACCCAAGGUGGUGGCAGCUCAGGUCAAGUCAGAUGCUCAUUCAGCCAUCGAGGCAUUUGCUGGAGCAGUCACGGCCUCAGCGGGAAGUUCCACCACUCAAUCGUCUCGUGAAACAGCUCAGCUAUUCCAGAAUAUUGUGAAAGGCGCGAUUGCUUAUCCAUUGAACCAAAACAUCGGCUCUAGCGCUGCUCCGUCUCAAGAACGUUUGAAUGCGAUGGCGGAUGCAAUUAACAAAACCCUCAACAGCAUACAAGACACUGCGACGAAGAUUCUUUCCUCCAGUCAGGGUGCUUUACACUUUAACGACUUGAAAGACUGUAUUGGUGGGCUGGUUCAGCAGGGAGGUCUGCACGACGGGGAAAGCUGUGUAGUGAACGGCAUGUCGGUAACUGGAGUGUCUAACCUUAUGUCUAGUGUGCUUAAGACGUUUGGAGGGAACGGGAUUCCUCAAUCUAUCUUACACGAUGCUUCCAAGGCACUAGAUCCUAGUUUCACAGCUGUGCUUCCCGGCGAGCAGAAAUUUUACGAUUCAGUCAACAACGCUAUCACCUCUGUUCAAGCUAGCGUGAGCGGACAGCUCGUAGCAGCCUUGAACGACGCUCAAAAUUGUUUCCAAGAUGCCAUGAAGAGUGAUGCUAGCUACCCGGACAAGAUGAAAGCUACUCAGAACUGUAUGCGCUCCCCUACUGGCAAAUCAACGUACAAUGACUUGAAGACACUUUACCUCUCCGUCACCAACCAGUUUGUUGGUUAUCUGCAACCAAAUAUCCUUGAUUCUAUUCACACUAUUGCCGACAAUUAUUUGAAUACAAGCUCUCAAACCGAUAAUGACAAAUACUUCCGCGAUGCCAUUGCUCAGAGUACAUCUUCGAUUGUCGCGUCCAACGCUGGAAACCAAGUCACUUAUGCAUACAAGAUCGCAGACUGUCUUGACACUUUGGUUGGAACCACCAGCCCUACUUCAGCCGCCAACAUUGCCGCCACCCAUAACUGUCUAACAAAGCCAAACGGCCCCGCGGCAUCAGUCAAGGAAAUUGUCUAUGGAUACAUUCAACAAAUGUACGGAGUCUUGCCAGCCUCAUUAGCAGCCAAAAUUGAAUCUAGCGGUGUACAAAACCUAGACCCUAAAGAUCCAAAUUACGCUUCCAAGGUUCAAGCUCUUCAUGAGACUUUUGAGAAGACUAAUGUGGGACCUGAAUACGUCACUUGUUACGAAGCAUUUGUGGAUUGCUUGUUCGAUGCCUCCAACGGAGCGCUCGAACACCCGGGUAACACUCAACAGGCUUGUCUUCUUGGUGACUCUUGCAAGACUACUCCAGAUGGUAAAAAGAAUUUGGCAGUACCUAUCGGUCGUCGUGCGCUCGCAGCUCAUCACAUCCGCUCGGUUCCACAACAAGCUCGAGUUGUACGAAGGUACACAAGUAGCUCGAAUCAGCACUAUCUUCUCGAUAGCUUUGCCGCAAUCAUGAAGCCAGUUCGUUGAUAGAUCUUUAAGAAGCUUUUGGUUUCCAAUUAUCAUAGUCUAAGCAUGUUGUCUGAUAGCUUGGUUGUCGAUUCUUCAUACCAUCAUACAUGUAUUCUUCUUUGUCGCUCUUUACAUUUUUCUUCGAUUUGUGCAGUUGCGAACAUUCAAGAAGGCAGUCUCUUCUGCUUAUACAGACUUUUUUUGUGAAUAGCUUACUUUUUGUUUUGUGUUUCUCUUUGGUAUAAUUGUUGUGAAGCGACUUACAUCUUUUUCUUUGGUUUGCUCUGAUAUGAGUUUGAUAAUUGACAUUUGAGUUGUCUUAUUUCGAGUUGAGCAUAUGUCUUGAGCAAAAGCAAGGGAGGAGGCCUAAAGCAGCUUCUCGUACAAAUUUAAUUUUGUCUUUCAAUCAAAUUUUAUGCAACGAAUUAAGUUCAUAUAUCAUUAUCGU